AUGGCGGGCACAUUCCAGGAGAGAGAUCCUGAGCUCUUCUGCCAAGUGGCCUUCUCCUUGUCCAGUCCAGACACUAAAGUUUCCACAGACAGUUCACAGAUGAAGUCGGAUACAAUACUGGAGGAGACUUCACAGGGCAUGGGUCAGGAAGGAGUGUGGUCUUUUAGCGAACUCUUUUUUAUUAAAGAGCCCCAGGAUAUAACUGUCACAAGAAAAGACUCCCUCCUUCUCGAUUGCCACGCCCACGGAGAUGUUCCUAUUAAGGUCACGUGGUUGAAAAAUGGAGUAAAAGUGUCUGAAAGUAAACGGAUCCAGGUUCUUUCUAACGGCUCCUUGUACAUCCGUGAGGCUGAAGGCCGGCGAGGAGAGCCCACAGAUGAGGGAUUUUAUCAGUGCUUGGCCAUGAACAAAUAUGGAGCCAUUCUUAGUCAAAAAGCGCAUCUGGCCCUGUCAACUAUUUCUGCAUUUGAAGUUCAGCCGGUGUCCACCAAGACUCAUGAAGGUGGAGUUGCUCGAUUUGCCUGCAAGAUUUCGUCCAACCCUCCUGCAGCUAUCACGUGGGAGUUUAACCGCACGGCUCUACCUGUAGCUACAGACAGCAGGAUAACGGCCCUGCCGACAGGUGUGCUCCAGAUCUAUGAUGUGGGCCACAUGGAUGCCGGGAGUUACCGCUGCGUCGCCUCCACGGUAGCUCACCGACGGAAGAGUAUGGAGGCCUCCCUCACAGUCGUCCCAGCAAAGGAGUCUAAAUCCUUCCUCACGCCAACCAUUGUAGCCGGCCCGCAGAAUGCAACAGUGUCUCUCCACCACACGGUUGUUUUAGAGUGCGUGGCUACAGGAAAUCCCAAGCCAAUCAUUUCUUGGAGUCGCCUUGAUCACCAGUCCAUUGACGUCUUUAACACCCGGGUACUAGGAAAUGGUAACCUCAUGAUAUCUGAUGUCAGACUGCACCAUGCUGGAGUGUACAUUUGUCGGGCCACUACCCCUGGCACGCGGAACUUUACGGUUGCCAUGGCAACCCUAACGGUGUUAGCUCCUCCUUCAUUUGUGGAAUGGCCAGAGAGUUUAACGAGACCUCGAGCUGGCACUGCUCGAUUUGUGUGCCAGGCAGAAGGAAUCCCCUCGCCUAAGAUGUCCUGGUUGAAAAACGGAAGGAAGAUCCAUUCCAAUGGGAGAAUUAAAAUGUACAACAGGUGGGCCAUGUCAUUUUGUGACUAUUGUUUAAAUAAUGAAGAAUAUCAAGUAGUUCUUGGGAAUGACACAACCCAUUACAUUAUUGAUGAUUUAGAACCUGCCAGCAACUACACUUUCUACAUUGUGGCCUACAUGCCGAUGGGGGCUAGCCAGAUGUCAGACCACGUGACACAGAACACCCUGGAGGAUGUUCCUCUGAGACCUCCUGAAAUUAGCUUGACCAGCCGCAGUCCCACGGACAUCCUCAUCUCCUGGCUGCCCAUCCCCGCCAAGUAUCGGCGUGGUCAGGUGGUCCUGUACCGCCUGUCCUUCCGCCUGAGCUCCGACAGCCACAUCCAGGUCCUGGAGCUCCCCGGGACCACGCACGAGCACCUUCUGGAAGGCCUGAAACCCGACUGUGUCUAUCUGGUCCGGAUUGCUGCUGCCACCCGAGUGGGACUGGGGGAGUCGUCCGUGUGGACGUCACACAGGACUCCCAAAGCCACCAGUGUGCAAGCCCCGAAGUCUCCAGAGCUGUAUCUGGACCCUCUGAACUGCACCACGAUUUCAGUGAGGUGGCAGCUGGGCGCUCAGGACCGAGCCGCCGUCCGGGGCUACAAGCUCUUCUACAAAGAAGAGGGGCAGCAGGAACACGGCCCCAUCUUCCUACGUACCAGCGACCUUCUCUACACACUCAGUGGCCUGGACCCCCGAAGAAAAUACCACGUGAGGCUGCUGGCCUACAACAGCGUCGAAGAUGGCUACCAGGCGGACCAGACGGUCAGCACUCCAGGCUGUGUGUCGGUUCGGGAUCGAAUGGUUCCUCCUCCGCCACCCCCUCACCACCUCUACGCGAAGGCGAACACCUCCUCCUCCAUCUUCCUGCACUGGCGGAGGCCCGCGUUCACCACUGCGCAGGUCAUCAACUACACCAUCCGCUGCAACCCGGUCGGCCUGCAGAAUGCUUCCUUGGUUCUCUACCUGCAAACGUCAGAGACUCACAUGUUGGUUCCAGGGCUGGAACCAAAUACCAAAUAUGAGUUUGCUGUGCGAUUGCAUGUGGACCAGCUCUCCAGUCCCUGGAGCCCCGUGGUCUACCACUCCACACUUCCAGAAGCACCAUCAGGUCCCCCGGUUGGAGUAAAGGUGACCCUGAUCGACGAUGACACUGCCCUGGUCUCAUGGAAACCCCCUGAUGGGCCUGAGACGGUGGUGACACGUUAUACAAUCCUGUAUGCAUCCAGAAAGGCCUGGAUCGCGGGAGAAUGGCAAGUCAUGCAUCGAGAAGGAGCAAUAACCAUGGCUUUGCUGGAAAACCUGGUGGCUGGAAACGUGUACAUUGUCAAGAUCUCUGCCUCCAAUGAAGUGGGGGAAGGGCCCUUCUCAAACUCCGUGGAGCUGGCCGUGCUUCCAAAAGAAGCUCCCGAGUCCAACCAGAGGCCCAAGCGUUUAGAUUCUGCUGAUGCCAAAGUUUACUCAGGCUAUUACCAACUCGACCAGAAAUCCAUGACGGGCAUCGCCAUAGGGGUGGGCAUCGCCUUGACCUGCAUCCUCAUCUGUGUUCUCAUCUUGAUAUACCGAAGUAAUUCCAGGAAAUCAUCUUCUUCCAAGAUGGCUCAGAAUGGAACACAACACUUGCCUGGCACCAGUGCCACCUUUGCCACGAGGAAUGAAGUGGGAAAGACACUGCAGAGAUCUGUAGAGAAUGAAGAAUCCUUGCUGCCGAUGAUCAGGCCCAACAGCUUCAGCGAUGCCAAGGGAGGAACCGACCUGAUAAUUAAUAGCUAUGGUCCUGUAAUUAAAAACAACACUAAGAAAAAGUGGCUUUUUUUCCAAGACUCCAAGAAGACAAAAGUGGAGCAGCCUUCCAGAAGAUUCCCUCAAGCCGCCUGCUUCUACCAGCCGGGCACCACGGUGCUGGUGACUGCCGCCUCCCCCAGCCCCCCAGGCCCAGCCAGGGGCUCCCGGGCGCCCUUCCUGUCCGCCCCAGAUGCCCCGGACGCCGAGCAUUCUGCCAACAGCGAGGGCAGCCACGAGACUGGGGAUUCUGGAAGGUUCUCUCAUGAGUCCAAUGAUGAGAUACACCUGUCAUCCGUUCUAAGUACCACACCCCCGGCCCCUCAUUCUCUUCCUGGUGGGGAUCCACUCGUGGAGCCAGGGGACAGGAGGGGUGCAGGCGCUCAGCCUGGGGAGACAUGA